AUGGGUGCCUUUCUCAGCUGGGGCCACUCACACUGUCACUCUCUUCCACAGGUCUGUUGGAUCCCAUCAUCCAUAUCCCUGUUGAUAGGUUUACCUGCUGCUCCUGAAGAAGUUAUGUCUCCCCAUCCAUUCCCCAGCGAUGGGGAAGACCCCCAGAACCCAGGUGUGAUAGAGGACUCGGCAGAUGCACAGAUUCCCACAGAUGAGGAAGCUUCCUCCAUGUCCUCUUCCUAUGCCUACAUAUUUCCACCUUCCCCCUCCUUAUCUUCUUCUCCUGGUUCGGGCGAGGAGGAGGAGGAGGGAGAGGAGGGGGAGGAGGAUGAGGAGGAGGAGGAGAAGGAGGAAGAGGAGCUGUCUCCUGGGAUGUCAAGUCUUCCCCAGAGCACUCCCAAUAGUCCUCUACAGAGUCCUUCUCAGAAUCCUAUGAACUCCUCCUCCUCUGUUUCAUGGAGCCCAGUCAGUGGAGAGUCCAGCAGCCAGAAAGGGGAGGAUACAAGUACUUCUCAGUGCCUGUCAGACAGUGAGUCCUUGUUCACAAAUACACUAGAUGAAAAGGUGGCUGAGGUAGUACAGUUCCUGCUUCUCAAAUUUGAAGCAAAGGAGCCUGUAACAGAGGCAGAGAUGCUAAUCAUUGUCCUCAGCUACCAAGACUACUUUCCUACAGUACUUGAGAAAGCGCGUGAGUUCAUGGAGCUUCUUUUUGGUCUUGCCCUGAUAGAAGUAGACCCUGACCACUCCUAUGCAUUUGCAGACACAGUAGACCCCACUGACAAGGGUAGUAGUGACGACCAGGGCACGCCCAAGAACAGCCUCCUGAUUCUUAUUCUGAGUAUAAUCUUCAUAAAGGGCGGCUGUGCCUCUGAGGAGGCCAUCUGGAACGUGCUGAAUGCAAUAGGGGUGUAUGCUGGGAGGGAACACUUCAUCUAUGGGGAGCCCAAGGAGCUCCUCACUAAAGUUUGGGUGCAGGAACAAUACCUGGAAUGCCGGGAGGUGCCCAACACUUCUCCUCCAUGUUAUGACUUCCUAUGGGGUCCAAGAGCCCAUUCAGAAAGCAGCAAGAAGAAAGUACUAGAGUUUUUGGCCAAGCUGAACAACACUGUCCCUGAUUCCUUUCCAUCCUGGUACAAGGAUGCUUUGAAAAAUGUGGGGGAGAGAGCCCAGGCUAUAAUUUCCACCAAAGAUGAUGCCACUGACAAGGCCAGUGAAAGCCUCAGUGACAUUCAGCAUCCACUCCUCUUUUGAGUGAAGUCUAGGGUAGUUUCUUCCCUCUGGGUUUGAAGAAGGCAGUCAAGCUUCUAGGUAGUGGAGGGCCAGGUUGGGCUCAAGGAACAGUGUUCUUUGCAUUUCAGUCCCAUAUUGGUAAUGUAGUGAUGUUCCUGUUUUUUGGUACUUUUUAAAUGUUCUCUCUUUGAGUAGCAGGUAGUUAGCUUUAGAAUCUUGAUUUAUGAAUAUUAGUCACAUAUGUAUUGCUGUUUAUCUGGUUUAAGAGUAACAGU